ACGCAACAAGGCCAAAUACGUCGACCCUCCCCAAUCCUUUGCACGCUUUCACCAGCUCAGAAUCGCAGCCAAGAUGGCGCCCAAGCCGAACAAGUUGGCUUUCUUGUCCAUGCCAGCCCCGGCGUCAUACGUCGCGGGUCUUGGUCGAGGUGCUUCUGGGUUCACCACGCGGUCAGAUAUCGGUCCAGCGAGAGAAGGACCCUCCGCGGAAGUCAUCGCCGAGGCUCAAGCCCGUCGGGGUGAAGAAGCCGAGGUCGACCCGGACCAAUUCCAAGAUCCUGACAAUGAGUACGGUCUAUUCGCUGGCACUACAUAUGAGCAGGAUGACGAGGAAGCCGACAAGAUCUACCAAGACGUCGAUGAAGCUAUGGAUUCUCGUCGGCGGGCGCGUCGGUGCGUGGGCUUCGGGAGGCGCAGGAGCAGAUAGAGCUCGCGAAGCAUCGUGCCGAGCGGCCGAAGAUUCAGCAGCAAUUCGCGGACCUGAAGCGCGGGCUUAGCUCAGUCACAGACACGGAGUGGGAGAAUCUGCCCGAAGUCGGCAACCUUACUCGCAAGAAGAGGAGGAAGAUGGAUAGGUCGUUUGCAGUUCCGGAUAGCGUUCUUGUUGGGGAUCGUACGAAGGGAGAGUAUGAGAAUUCUUUGGAUGAGCGACAACAGCAGAACGGCGGCUUUGAGACACCUGCGGAGGGGUCUCUCACCAAUUUUGUCGAAAUCGGCCAAGCUCGCGACAAAAUUCUGUCCCUAAAACUCGAUCAGAUCUCUGGAACCGCGACGUCGGGAAUGAGCACCUCAGUGGAUCCCAAGGGAUACCUCACAUCUCUCAACAGUGUCGUCAUCAAAUCUGACGCCGAAAUUGGAGACAUCAAGCGUGCUCGAAUGCUCUUCGACUCCCUGGUCAAAUCCAAUCCAAAACACUCUCCCGGAUGGAUCGCAGCGGCUUGUCUAGAGGAGCAUGCAGGCCGAAUGGUUGCGGCCAGGAAGAUCAUCAAAGCCGGAUGUGAGCAGUGCCCGAAAAGCGAGGAUGUCUGGCUCGAGGCUGCUCGUUUGCAUAACAACGCUGAUGCCAAAGUCAUUCUUGCCAACGCCGUUCAGCACGUCAGCCAGAGCGUGAAAAUCUGGUUGGCUGCAGCCGAUCUCGAAACGGACGUCAAUUCCAAGAAGCGCGUUCUUCGCAAAGCGCUGGAACACAUUCCGAAUUCAGUUCGAUUGUGGAAGGAAACCGUCAAUCUGGAGUCAUCCGCUGCCGACGCGCGUGUGCUUCUUUCUCGUGCGGUUGAAGUUAUACCUCAAUCUGUCGAGCUCUGGCUUGCGCUUGCACGUCUUGAAACUCCAGAAAAGGCCAAAGGUGUCCUCAACAAGGCUCGCAAAAUCAUUCCGACGUCGCACGAGAUCUGGAUCGCAGCCGGUCGGCUGAUCGAGCAAGACGCGCUGGGGAAGCAGGGCGAAGACCAAAAGAAAGACUGGGCAUUGGUCGAUAGGACCAUCGCCAUGGGUGUCAAAGAGUUGCGGAAACAUCAAGUGCUGUUGACUCGUGAGCAAUGGCUGAAGGAAGCCGAGCGCUGCGAGACGGAAGGGUCACCGAGAACGUGUCAAGCGAUCAUCAAAGCCACCAUCGGGAUGGAUGUGGAGGAAGAGGAUCAGCUGGAUACGUGGGUCGGAGAUGCUGAGGCUGCCGAGGCGAAAGGGAUGGUCGGUACUGCGCGUGCCAUUUUCGGCGAGGCGCUGCAAGUCUUUCCGUCGAAGAAAUCGUUGUGGAUCCGCGCUGCCGAGCUGGAAAAAGCCCAUGGAACAAAGGACAGCUUGCAUGAUAUUCUCAAGCGUGCCGUGGAGCAUUGCCCUCAGGCCGAGGUGUUGUGGCUCAUGGCCGCCAAGGAGCAGUGGCUGUCUGGUGACGUGCCGGCCGCGCGUUCAAUUCUAGAACAAGCUUUCGUUGCGAAUCAGGAGAGCGAGCAAAUCUGGCUUGCCGCGGUCAAGCUCGAGGCCGAGAACAACGAACUUGGAGUUGCCAGAGAAUUGCUGGUCCGUGCUCGAAGUGUAGCCGAUACGGAACGGAUCUGGAUGAAAUCCGCCGUUUUCGAGAGGCAGCAGGGUCGUUUGGACGCUGCCCUCGAGACCCUUACCACCGCGCUGCAGAAAUUCCCCAAGUUCGCGAAGCUGUACAUGAUCCAGGGCCAGAUCUACCAAGCGCAAGGCAACGUUACCGCGGCACGUGCUUCAUUUGCGGCUGGCUACAAGGCCUGUCCCAAGGAGGCGACCCUCUGGAUUCUCGCCAGUCGUUUGGAGGAAGCGGACAACAAGAGCAUCAAAGCACGUGCCCUCCUCGAGAAGGCGCGGCUCGUCAACCCUGCAAACGACGUGCUCUGGGCCGAAGCAGUUGGUGUCGAAGAGCGUUCGGGUGGCGCAGCCCAAGCGAAGGCUAUGCUCGCCCGCAGCUUGCAAGAGUGCCCCACUUCGGGGCUCCUCUGGUCGAUGUCCAUCUGGGCCGAGCCACGGCCCGUGCGCAAAGCCCGAUCCGUAGACGCCCUGAAGAAGAGCGCUGACAACCCGAUCAUCAUCUGCACCGUCGCGCGGCUGUUCUGGGCGGAGCGCAAAAUCGAGAAGGCGCGGCAGUGGUUCGGUCGCGCCGUUGCCACGGAUCCGGAUCUUGGCGACGGCUGGGCGUGGUGGCUCAAGUUCGAGCGCCAGCAUGGAACGGAGGAGCAUCGGGAACAGGUGAGGAAGCAGUGUGUGGCUGCUGAGCCUCACCACUCGCCCGUCUGGCAAUCCAUCGCCAAGGACCCAAAGAACAUCGGGAAGACGACGGCGCAGAUUCUCGAGAUGGUAGCAGACGUCUUGCAGUGAAUGUGAUUAUUUGCGGUGUAAAUAGUAGUGGUCGCUUGAAUGCCAGAUAUGAUAUGACAUUGGUCUGGGCAUCGAUGGCCAGAGAAUGGGCACAGAUACGGA